UGUGCCGCCAAAUCCCAUCGCACCCAAGCAAGACUUCAUAUUCGCUGGAAGUCAAGAUCAAGCCCGGGUAAAGAUAGUACUGCGCCCGUGACUCCUUCCUAACCUCUUAGCAAUAUCAAAUCUUCAAGCGUGAUGUGUGACGCAAAGUGCGGAGUAUCGCACCUCAUCAUCAUCAUCGGAGGGUCUAUCCCAAGGGCAGAAGGGUAGUUAGGCUUGGACAUACUCCUCCCGUAAAGUAUUUAAAGGCCCUUCUUCUCCUUCCAUGUAGCCAUGUGGUCCUGGACUUCCAUCCUCAACGACUUGGCGCUGUACACUGCUCCAGAUAUCCAAGUCUCUACUCAAGAAACAUAACAUUAAUCCAAAUCGAAACACUCCUCAACAUGGCUCCUCCAGCUGCAGAUAUCGACGUGGAGACUUCCACCCCAAUCAUUGAUCUCCCCGGCAAGACAAUCAGCAGUUCCCGGAUCCCUGGGCCGCUCGUGUACUCGGGAUCUCUCGACGCCCACGAGCAGUUCGACGUCACUGCUGUCAUCGGGCGGGAGUUCCCAAGCCUCCAGCUUAGCCAGAUUCUGCACGAUGAUAACAAGAUCCGAGACUUGGCUAUCCUUGUCUCGCAGCGCGGCGUGGUCUUCUUCCGCAACCAAGACCUGAACAUCGAUGAGCAGAAGCUCCUUGGCCAGCGGCUCGGCGAGCUGACCGGCAAGCCGGAGACGUCGAAGCUGCACCGCCACGCGCUGUCCAACAGCAAGCGGGGCAUCGCGGUCGACGAGAACGGCAAGCUCGACGACGAGGUGUCGGUCAUCUCCUCGGAGCAGAACCGCAAGUACUACAAGGACCGCUUCACCCCGCAGUCGAAGAAGCUCGCGAGCGAGGGCUGGCACGCCGACAUCACCUUCGAGCGCAUUCCCUCCGACUACGCGAUCCUCAAGAUCGUCCAGCCUCCAACCGACGCCGGCGGAGACACCCUCUGGGCGUCCGGGUAUGAGGCGUACGACCGCCUCUCCCCGGCGAUCCAGAAGCUCGCCGACGGCCUCACGGCGACCCACCACCAGCCCAACUUCGUCAAAGUCAAGGAGGCCUUUGGUGAGGAGCUCAUUGACGAUUACCGCGGGGCGCCAGAGAACACCGGCCUGGAUUUCCUGGCUGAGCACCCUCUUGUCCGAACCAACCCGGUCACGGGCUGGAAGAGUCUGUUCGGAGCUGGCCAUCAGGUUGCGGCCGGGUGGAUCAACGGGGUGACCGAGCGCGAGAGCGAGGUCUUGAAGGCGUACUUCCUCCAACUCAUCGCGGAGAAUCAUGACCUCCAGGUCCGUUUCCGCUGGAACAAGGAUGAUCUUGCUAUCUGGGACAACCGUUCCGUGUUCCACACUGCUACCAAUGACUAUGUCGGGAAACGCCAGGGUAACCGUGUUGUAUCCCUCGGAGAGAAGCCCUUCUUCGACCCCCGCUCCAAGUCUCGGCGCGAGGCUCUCGGUCAGCUGCAGUAAUCUCGCUCGUUUUGUCACGGAUCCGGCAUUAUCGGCACUCCCUCUUUCGCUGGAAAUGUGUGCGAGAACAGUACCCCCAGUUUAGUGAACAGUUAGCCAGAGACACACUCAUUAAAUACAUCACCGGAAGAACGGUUUGACAGUUUGUCCUGUAC